AUGCUUCUCACGACUGACUCUCUCCACAAACUUGACGAAAACCAAACGCAGAGCCCCACCGGGCGGGGAGCGGGCUCCUCCGUGCCGGCAGGCGGCGGUGCGGCGGUGCGCGGCGCGGAAGUGCCGGGUGCCCCGCGCUCUCCCGGCCUGCUCCGGGUGUCCGCUGACCCCGGCCCUCCCCGCCGGCCGUGCGAGCGCGUCAUGGCCGCCUCGAAGCCCGUGGAGGCGGCGGCCGGCGGCGGCGGCGGCGGCUCGGGGCUGUCCCGCUGGCAGCUGGCGCUGGUGCUGGGGGCGCCCAUGCUGCUGGGGGCCGGCGCGCUGUACCUGUGGGGGCGCCGGGCGGCACGCCGCGGAGGCAAGGGAGCGAGCGAGAGGAAGACCCCCGAGGGGCGGGCGAGCCCCGCGCCCGGAGCCUGCGGAGGAGGAGGAGGAGGAGGAGGGGGAGGGCAGCCCGAUGGGCCCGGCCACCAGGAGACGAGCCCUCUUGAUAGAGCUCAAGCGGCCAAGAACAGAGGAAACAAAUUUUUUAAAGCAGGAAAAUACGAGCACGCUAUUCAGUGCUAUACUGAGGCUAUCAGCCUGUGCCCUCCUGAGAAAAACCUUGAUCUGUCUACCUUCUAUCAAAACAGAGCUGCUGCCUAUGAACAACUGCAAAAAUGGACAGAAGUGGCACAAGACUGUACAAAGGCUGUUGAGCUUAAUCCUAAAUAUGUAAAAGCUCUCUUCAGACGUGCAAAGGCUCACGAGAAACUAGACAAUAAGAAGGAAUGUUUAGAAGAUGUCACUGCAGUCUGCAUUUUAGAAGCCUUCCAAAACCAGCAAAGUAUGUUAUUAGCUGAUAAAGUUCUCAAACUCCUUGGAAAAGAAAAGGCCAAAGAGAAGUACAAGAAUCGUGAGCCUCUGAUGCCCUCACCACAGUUUAUUAAAUCCUACUUCAGUUCUUUCACAGACGAUAUCAUCUCCCAACCUUUGCUUAAGGGUGAGAAAUCAGAUGAAGAUAAGGAUAAGGAAGGAGAGGCUUCCGAAGUAAAAGAAAACUCUGGCUAUUUGAGAGCAAAACAAUAUAUGGAAGAAGAGAACUAUGACAAAAUUAUCAGCGAGAGCACAAAAGAAAUUGAAGCAAAGGGAAAAUACAUGGCAGAAGCGUUGCUUCUGCGAGCAACUUUCUACUUACUUAUUGGCAAUGCAAAUGCUGCCAAACCAGACCUAGAUCAGGUCAUCAGCAUGGAAGAUGCAAAUGUGAAGCUCCGAGCUAAUGCUCUGAUCAAACGAGGAAGUAUGUAUAUGCAGCAGCAGCAACCCGCACUGUCCACUCAAGACUUUAACAUGGCUGCUGAUAUUGAUCCUCAAAAUGCAGAUGUUUACCACCAUCGAGGACAACUGAAAAUCCUGCUUGACCAAAUUGAGGAGGCUGUGGAAGACUUUGAUGAAUGUAUCCGAUUACGACCCGAUUCUGCCUUGGCUCAAGCACAGAAAUGUUUUGCACUGUAUCGCCAAGCCUAUACAGGAAAUAAUCCUUUGCCUGUGCAGGUAGCCAUGAAAGGCUUUGAAGAUGUCAUAAAAAAGUUUCCAAAGUGUGCUGAAGGCUAUGCUCUCUAUGCUCAGGCACUAACUGAUCAACAGCAGUUUGGCAAGGCUGAUGAAAUGUAUGAUAAAUGCAUUGAUCUCGAGCCAGACAAUGCCACAACAUAUGUUCAUAAAGGUUUACUUCAGCUUCAGUGGAAGCAAGAUUUAGACAAAGGUUUAGAACUCAUAAGCAAGGCCAUUGAAAUUGAUAACAAAUGUGAUUUUGCAUAUGAAACCAUGGGAACGAUUGAAGUGCAAAGGGGUAAUCUAGAUAAAGCCAUUGAAAUGUUCAACAAAGCUAUCAACCUGGCCAAAUCUGAAAUGGAGAUGGCCCACCUCUACUCACUCUGUGAUGCUGCCUAUGCCCAGACAGAAGUUGCAAAGAAGUAUGGAUUGAAACCACCGACACUGUAAAAACAACAAAAAAACAUAAAACAAGAGGAGGAAAUGACCUUCUAAAGUGAAGUUGCCCACUUCAGCCCUAAAGACGCUGUUGCAAACCAUGUUGAAUGGUGGAACUUAGUUUUUUCCCGUUCGUGGUGUUGUCAUUUGCUACAUCCGUUAAAUGUUUAGGUGUUGUGGGAGUGGUUGUUCAAGGAAGUAUGCAGUGUUGCAUCUUGUUCCUUCUGCAGCAAAAAACCUUAAGGUGUGUUAAGGGAAAUAAUGUUGCAGGGGAACAACUGGAAGAUAUUUUGGCCAUGCAAAUAAAAACUUUACAUUGGUUCAUUUUGGGUGAUUACGUUGUGGGCAAUUUUUGCUUUACCGAACAAUUUUACAGCAUGUUUGUUUUUUUUUUUUUUUCCCCCUGUUGAUUUUAAUGGUAAUAUUAGUCAGCGCUGUAAAAUAGAUUUCUCUUUUAUAUGCAAUUAAUCCUUGAGGGUUGAUUUUAAUUUUGCAAAAGGAAAACAAAUAAUUUACAAACUGUUUAAUAAUAGGGAUUUUUUUUAAAGCCAGUAGCUGUGAAGAGAAUCCUGUAAAUAUAUGCAAGCAUGCACAAUCUUCCCUUAAAGCCCUUCCCACCCUCUGCAUAACUACUUAGAAAUGGUCCUGUGGCAGCUAUUAGGGAAUUAAUUUGAUAGUUCUUAUCCUCACCCCAGAAAAAGCCCUAGUGUACUGUGUAGGAGAGUUAGUACUAAGGUUGUUGGGGGAGAGAGGUUAGGUGAUGCUGCUUCAGUGUGGAUUUUACUGGAAGAAAGGCCAUGUUUUCAUGCAGCAGUCCUUACUUGAAUGUCACGGGAAGUUGUUCUGGAAGGUUCUGAGAGACUUUCAAGAACAGAAAGCACUGCUGGGAGUAGAGCUGCCAAGGUAAGGUCAUGCUUGCGUAUAAUCUUUGUAAUCUCUGUCUGUUGCUGAAAUGUAACAGUUAAUGGACUGUCUAAAUUCUCUUCUUCAUUCUCUAGACACUUCUGUGUUUUGAUCUAGUCCUUGUAAUAGCCCUCUACAGGAUUAAGUGAGAUAAAGAACAAAGCAUAGUCUAAAACUUCAAAUAAUGGAUUAGAAUCUUUAUUGGUUUCCUUGUUGUUCAGGCCCUGGAUUGCCCAAGAUUACAGAUAGUGUAGAAAGGAAGCAACUGGUCUGCAAAUAGCACAUUGGCAAGUUAUUGAAUACUGGUAUAAACAGUCUAACUAGGAACUUCACAGAGGGCUUCUCUGCUGCUUUGGGUUGAUCUUUUUGGUAUUGAAGGCAGUCCAUUGUGCCUCUCCCUGGACUGAUGUGGCUGGAUAAACUUCACACAAAUUCUUAACUGAUGCUGCUUAAUUCACCAUACACUGAUUUGGGCUUCUUCCCAUCUUAAAAUCAUAGAUUUCCUUGUGCUGCUUUUCUAAUGUUUUUCACCUCCUAAAGAAAUGAACCAACCUGUGAUCAAACUGUCGUGUUUUCUAUUUGUGAUGCUACAUAGCAGCAGCUUGUAUUUUCAGCUUGACCAUCAUUUCUCCCAGCAAAUAAACUGAGAAUGAAAAUGGUAAGCAGUAGACAUGGAGAUUGAAUCCUUUUAUUCUAGCUAGCUUAGUAGGGAGAUCUGAAAUUGUAGUGUUGGUAUAGAGUUGAAGGUACUUGCAGCUGCUAAGGGUAUUGCACGUAACGAGUGUCAAAUGUCUUCUGGAACUUCCAAUCUCUGCAUCAGUUACCCGAGAACAAAAAUAUGCCAGGCUGACUGAUGUGUCCUGUUCUCCUGAGCAGUUUUUAUUCGCAUGGCCUUAUCUACAUUGGCAUUUUCUCCUCUUCACCCUACCUUACCCCAUUUCUGCCCCCACCAAAUCAAUUAAGGGAAAAAAGCAUGUGCUGUCAAAUACUAGCAUUCCAAAUCAUCACAGACUCUUGCCUGUUCUUGAACUAGUUUGAAACUGCACUGAAAGGAUGCAUUGUCUGUAAUUUUUUGUAAAUGAUGUAUCACCUGUAAACUGAAAAAAAAUAAAUAUUACCUUCAAGUACUUCUCUCUGAGAUGUAUAAGAACAGGUUUUGAUGAAAGUGUU